UUUUUAUUUAUUUAUUUUUGAUAAUACGACAGAAAGAUUAAUUGAAAUUAAAUAAAAAAAAAACAAAUUCACACAUUCGAUUAGGUUGAUAUUAGAAGUCUAUUUUAUAGCAAUAAUCAUUUUCGGAUAAGAAGGCAUACACCCCGACUAGGUCGUCUGACGGUCCCACUGCUCAGUUAUUUUAUUAAACUUUCAUCAUAGGAAAUACGUUCGAAUUGGUAGGCUCUAAAGUACCAAUGGAAUCCAAAUUUGAUUUGUCACGACGAUAUCGACAUGUAGGCGAUUUAACGGAUGAACCACCAACGCGUGAAUUUGCAGAGAUUACUAUACCCGUACCGUGGGGUCAUUUGUCCGGCAAAUGGUUUGGUCCGCAAGAUGUUCAACCAAUACUCGGUCUGCAUGGCUGGCAAGAUAACGCUGGUACAUUUGACUUGCUUGUGCCGCUUUUGCCUCCAGACAUUCCAUUCCUUUCGGUAGAUCUACCCGGUCAUGGGCUGUCGUCUCGACUACCAGAUGGCUGUUAUUACAACACAACUGACAAUCUGUACGUAAUACUUAUUAUAAUGAAGCAAUACAAAUGGCAAAAAGUCUCCUUAGUCGGCCAUUCUAUGAGCUCUAUAAUUGCAUUUGUAUUCGCUGCGGUUUUUCCUGACAAAGUGGACAUGGUUAUUGGUUUAGAUGCACUGAAACCACAUCAGCGUCCCCCUGCCAGUUCAAUACGCAGCAUGGAAACGCGCAUGGAUGAAUUCUUAAAAGAGGAUGAGCGUAAUCGUUCCAAAGAAGAGCCACCAAGCUAUUCUUAUGAUGAACUCAUCGAACGUAUUUUUAUCGGUACUUUCCACUCUAUCAAUAAGGACCGCUGUAAACAUAUGCUUGCACGCAAUAUACAAAAAUCGGAAAAAUAUCCAGAGAAAUAUUUUUUUAGCCGGGAUCGUCGCUUGAAAUUUUACAACUAUUUGGUUGGAUCACAGGAACUUUGUGUAGAGAUGGCUAAACGUAUUGAGUGUCCUUACUUGUUUAUUAAAGCGCGGCAAUCAACUUAUUUCGAGGACAAAAAGUAUUAUGAUGAAGUGCUGGCGAUACUACGAACAAAAUCGAAGUUUGAAUAUUUCGAGGUCGAUGGAUCACAUCAUGUACACAUAAACAACCCAGAACGCAUCAGUGGAGUAGUAAACGAUUUUAUUAAUCGUUUUGGUCCUUUGGCAAAGCAGAGUGGUCCAUCUCCCAGCAAAUUGUAAAGAUGAAAGCUAUUUUAUUUUGUUUUUUAAAAGAUGUAUUAUAUAUUUACAUAUGUACAUAUGAAAGUAUACGAUUGAUAUUUACUAAAAGAAAUUUGUAUAUAUGCAUAAAUAUUUGUUGGGACUGACAUUUAUUAUAACCUUUUAAACAUACAAUUUUUUACGAAAAAUUUAUGUAUGUAUAUUUUGUAUGCAUAAAAGUAAUUUUUAA